AUCGGUGUUGAAAAUAGGGGGAAAAGAAAGCGAAAGAAUAGCACAAACGUCCCCGAGAGCUUGCACAAGCCCUCCGUGAGGUCAUAACAGUUGCUUUCGUCGGCGCAAGGCGCGAUUCUAAGAAAAAAAAAUACGUGUUUAUCGUCCGAAGUGCUCGGGAGUGAUCAGAAUUGCAUACGAAUCGUCAAUAAGGGACGAAAACUUUCGUUCGAAACACCGUUGACAGCUCCGGCAGGUCAUUGGUUCAAUUUAAUUUUGGGAAUUCGAUCAUUUUUCGAAAAUAUUCGAGCAGUUAUGGGAAGAAGAAAAACGUGAGAAUGUGGAAAAAAUAUGAACUUAUCGAUUGAUUCACAAAGCUUUUAGUGUUUCUCGCCACUAAAGCGUAAAGGGUAGAAAAAAAAACACGUCUCGUCGUCCUUUGUACGAAUCCGUCCGGUAGUGUAUUUGUACGUACAAGUGUAGACGUGUAUGCAUCUGCAUAAAGGAACUGUGACGUGCGAACGUUCGACCACGGCCAAGUUCAAGUUCGCCCCAUGUGGACAGUUUUGUUGCUCGGACUGUUGCUCAAGAGUUUACUACGAAAAUUGAAAAGACUCGAUACUAAUAUGAAAUUUAAUGCGAACGAAAAUCCGCAGCGUUUACCACAUCAGCGAGUUACGUUCCAUGGAUAAAUAGCCCUCGAUGUUGCUUUCUUCAAGUGUAACAGUUGGAUGAUAACGAAAGUGUUUUUCUAGUGAGUGCUGUGUUCGCCGCUGCAGUGAAAAACCAAAACGGAGAGUACGAAAAUUCGCAACGUCCGCUCGGUUCGGUAAUUUUCGUUUGUAUUUCUCUACGAGUUCGUUACGUGGGUUCGGGCUGAAGCGAAACGGAAGAAAAACGGAGGGUGGCAGAGGAAGAAGGAGAAAAAGGAGGCGGGCCAGAAGGCCGUGUUUUUUUCGGAGAAUGUGAGGUUAAUGGCCGUGAUAAUUACGGGCCACCAUUCGAGCAACUUACUAUGGGCAUCUGCCUGGACACAGAUCAACAAAAUGGAUCGCAGGUGUUCGAGGAAGGCGAUGCUCGAAGUGCUGGAAAGUGGCGAGGCGAGGCUGGCUUACUCGCGACACCCCCGGACGGGCAUUUCCCCAUGCAAAAUAUCGGUCCUGUCAAAUUCGAGACACCCAAAGUCCCGGUCAUUUUUGUUCUCGGUGGCCCCGGCAGCGGAAAGGUGACACAUUGCGACAACCUGAUGCAGGAGAAAAAGGGCAUAACGCACAUCAACAUGACUGACCUUUUGCAGCAGUACGCCCUUGGAAACGAUAUGCAGGACUUUGGGCUGCUGAGCAGUAAAACCGUCGCCGAGGUUCUUAUGCUCGAAAUGAAAAUGUCACCGAGUGCCAAAACCUUCCUCGUUAGCGGUUAUCCGAGAAAUAUGCGAGACGUCGUUGAGUACUCGGAAAAAAUACAAAUUGUUAACGGUGCUGUACUCGUGUCCUGGAGACAAGACGUACUCGAGAGACAAAUCGAUUACGGAGCUCAACUCGGGCACAUAGUUUUGGGCCUCGCGCGAAUGGAACUUCGAAAUUUUUAUAGAAACGUUAUGCCAGUCGCCGAAUACUUCGAUCGGAGUGGAAUUCUCUUGGAGAUCAACGGUGAGCGAAAUCCGAGUGACGUCUACGUCGAUUUUCGCGAAGCGGUUAUGAGGAUUUUGGGACUUUCGGAGGCUGCUACUCGGGACAAAGCACCGCAACGCUCUUUGGAGGCUGAGGUCGAAGUGGAACGACGUGGAAUAAAUUCCAGUUCGUCCUCUCACAAUGAGAAGCUCGUAGUGACUGAAGUUUCGCCAAGGUCACCGGCGCCACGAGCCAAUCCAGCGAAGACUGCAAACAAACCGAGGAAGGGGAUACCCACGUUCAUAUGGGUCAUAGGCGGACCUGGCAGCAACAAAGCGAGUUUGUGCACUCAAGCUGUGACCAAUAUGGAUCGUUGGGUCCACGUUAGCAUAGGAGGCCUUUUAAGAACAAUGGCAUCAUCAAAUACAGUGGUGAAGAACGCUAUUGAGUCCGGUGAGAUGGCACCCCAAGAUAUCGUAAUGCAACUUGUUGAACAACAAGUUCUCAUCAAUCGAGACACCGAUGGUAUCAUCAUCGAUGGCUUUCCUAGAGACCUCAGCCAAGUUCAAGCUUUUGAGACCAAGUUCGGCCAAGAACCCCCGCUCGUACUCCUCGACUGUUCGAAACUCCAGCUCGGUCGGGGUAGACUCGACGACAGUGUUUCAGCUUUUCGAAAAAGAUUGGAACUCUUCCGUGAGGUGUCUCUACCAAUGUUGAAAACACUCGACAGCGAGGAGCGUCUCACAAUCAUCGAUGGUGACACAGACGUGCCAUCCGUCCAACAAGAAUGCGCCGCUGCUCUCUAUCAAUUGAUGCGAGGAGCGAGACGCAAAGAAGAGAGAAAUGGGAACGGUGCUGUUUUUUCGCGUCCCGGUUCGAACGGCCCAAACUCGAUAGCCCCCGGUAACAUGAACGGGGCUCAAAAAGUCCCUUUGGCCAAUGGAGUGGCGAAGCAUAUAAUAGAAAAUGGCGUUAACGCUUUGGCGAAUCACGUGGAGAAAAACAUUGGAACAACGAAAAAUGGAAAUCGUUUGAACGGCAUCGCGAACAACGUGAGGCAACAAAACGGUGUGAUCAAUCAUCUGACCCAUCAAAAUGGGGUCGCGAAUGGCGCAGCAAACGGCGUCGCGCACAUGCUACAAAACGGCGUCGGACAUCUCGCUAACGGUAACAAUAGGGUCGCACCACUCAAUGCCAAUAAUACGAAAGAUCCUCUCAGAAAUAUGUACAACGAGGUCGAAGGCUAUCGGCAAGAUCUUCAUAUCUAAGAAUCAAUCGAAACUGCAUUAAUCUUCAACAUUUCAUUUUUUAAAUAAAUUCAAUAACCUAAAGAAUUGCAGGGAGACCGAAGUUCGAGUUCAGAGCAUUGAUAACACCUAUAAAACCGUAAAGGUACAUUUGAUAUCGACAAAGAGCAGAGUUAACGAUGAAAGAGUCAAGGGCAUUAAUUUUUUUCGAUUAGUAAAACGAAAUUUCAAGCAAGAUCAUCUAAAAUCUUCGUUUUUAACUUAACUCGAACAGAAACUUCGGGAAUUCUCAUGAUUCGAGGCGCCAAAUUUGUACGGGCGCUAAUCACCACAAAAUUUAAAUGCUAAGAGAUAUUAAGCGUAUGGUGACUGAAGAAUGCUCACAAGAUAGUUUAUUCAUAUUAAUGAUUAAUGAUAUAGCUGAGUAAAAGGAGCAUAUUUUAAGUGAAUAGAAAGCGUUUGUAACAAAAACAAAAAAACGUGCUAUUAGUGUCUUAUUCGAGAAUGAAACCAACGGAAGAAAUAACAUAUUCUAAAGGAUCAAGAAAAAACGAGUAAAACAAAAUCUCGUUACCGUUGUUAAGGUUGUAUUGAAGAUAUAACGAGAUACGAGAUCAAACCUGUGAAUGUCGGUCGACUGUUUUUUAUGACCAGUGAAAGUAAUUAUAAUUGAAAAUUGAAAGAACGAUAGAGAAAAAAGAAAAAGAUACUCGUGCACUUCUCAUCCAAGCAUCAGUUGUAGCUAUCAACAAUCCAGUAUUUUUCUCAUGGGCCUUUAAUGUUAUUUAAUCCUUUAUAAUCAGUCACUGAAAGUUCUAGAAAUAUUUUCAUAUCUCGAAUGUAACCAUAAAUGGAAGAAAUAAUCUUGAAACAAUAAGUACCUAUCACAAUACUAUCGCGUACCCUGAUAUCAAAGAAAUACGUAUUUUCACGAACCGUUGCAAAUGAAGUGAGAAAUAUAUACGGAAUGAUAUAUUUUUCUGAAAUUCGUUAUACUACGCUAAUAUAUCCGCGGGCGGAUUUGAGAGGUUAACCGAAAAGUUACGAAACGAGUCAUAUGUGCAAAUAACUGAAUAUCGUUUCAGCGAAUCAACUGCGGAAAAAACAGUUUGGAGAUUUUUAUUUUUUGUGCUUCUUUCAGUUUACAAUCUCGAAUUUAACAGAAAUUAAUUAACUUCGGUUUGAUCGAUUUCAUUGAACAUCUCGAUUUUUUUUCUGCUUUUAAUUUGAGAAUUCCUUCAAUGGUAUUGUUCAAAGAUGAUGAAAAUGGAGGAUAAACAUCUUCCGAUCUCAAACCCUUUUUUUAGAACGCCAUCUGUCGUACUACAAAAACGAUGACACAAACCGUUAAAUUUGAUCAAAUUUACCACAGUGAGGUUAGAUUUUUGUAUGAAUUUGUUGAUUUGAGAUCGUCCGAGGAUUAUGGCGAAAAUAAAAGCAUCGAAAUAGUUUCAAUUUUGCUCGCGUUUCAUUUGUAUAUGAGUAAAAAAACGUGGUGAACUUUCGGUCGAUUAGUUGGCAUCGUAAUUUUGAUGUUUAAGAUGACGAAUAAACGUAACGAAAUAAUGACCAUAAUGACCGCUGAUUUAACAUUUUAUCGCGCACGUACGAACGUAAUUCUCGUCGAUACGAUAAGUAUAUUUAGAAUUCGUUUUAUUAUCGUAAUUAUUAACUAAAUGCACGGAUAAAAAACUUUCCGUGACAUUGUUGAAUCAUUUUUUCCGUCCAUCGUUGCUAAUUUUGAAUUCAAAGUUUUUCUAACAGUUGUAAAAGAAGAUAACUAAAAAAUCGAGACAGACGAUAAAGUAGAUAACGAAAUCAAAUGUUUUUUGGAAUAAUUUAUAAAAUUUUCCAUAUCUAGUCCGUUCAUUUCGACGUAAUGUAUCGUAAAAUUAAUUUUUUAAGUUAUUUUUUAGACAAAAAUUGUUACAGAUGCGCUUCUGAAAUAUGAAAAACACUCGAAUAAUCGCCACACAUGUAACUCAUUGUUGACGAAAGUAUACGUUAAUUUUACUGACAGGAUUUAUGAAUGGUGCUCGACGAUACAAUGUGGAAGAAAUCAGGAAUUUCAACAGUAUUAAUUCUCCCAAUAUAUAUUCGUUAUUUUCAUCAUUUCGUAUCCUCAUUAUUAUAUAUUUCUUAUACAUUCCGAGGGAUUGGUCCGAAUCAGUGAUCAGGCCCCCAUCCGACUUCCCCCUCUCUGUAGCGCAUUUGCCAUGGCACUUGAUUGCAUGGGCACAGGGAAAUUGCGGAUAAUCUGUGCCACUAGAGCCCGGCCUUGGGCUCGCUUCGCGGUAUCGGAGAUAUACGUCGAGCCUUGUCGUGGGAAUGUAAAUAUGAAAUAGAGUCACAUGAAACUACGUCACGGUCAUAUUUGAUUCUCGCAAAAAAUCUACGGGACCGAGAAUCGAACAGAGAGCCUACCCCGAUGCUCUGGUUUAGAGGGAAGCACGCUAACCACUGGACCAGAGCGCCGGUUACAUUCUCAAUAUUUCAAUAUAUAAAUCGAUAAUAUAUUUGAAUACUCAUCAUUUGUAAUACUUUAGUUGAAUGUUGUGUACGAAAAAAAAAAGCGAAAUAAAUACCUCUCUGUGGACCACUCUAA